CUCAGGUAUCAGCAGCAGGGACAGUGUAGUUUCUAGCACAUUAUUUUAGCAAAUAAUUUUUUGUAUUUCUUGUAUUUUCACUCACUUUGUGUGAGAAGUUGGGGGUAAAAAUGUCAACAGCAUUAGAAGUGACUGGAUUCUUCAUGUGUUUGGUCGGGUGGAUUGCAACUGGCCUUGCUGUGGCUAAUGACUACUGGAAGAUAUCUAGCGUGCAAGGCACAGUGAUCAUUUCGAACCGCCUCUAUGAGAACUUGUGGCAUGCUUGUGGUGAGGACAGUUCUGGAAAGGCCAACUGCCAAGAUUUUCAAUCCAUGUUGGAUUUGCCAGUUCAUAUUCAGGCAUGCCGAGCAUUAAUGAUCAUCGCUCUGAUCCUGGGGCUGGUCGGUAUAAUUUUAUCUACCAUGGGGCUGAAGUGCAUUAAGAUUGGGUCAAAAACAGAUGAGUCAAAAGGCAAGACUAUGGUCAUUGGCGGCAUUAUCUUCAUCCUUGCAGGUCUUUGCACUAUGGUGGCCAUAUCUUGGUACGCUGCACGGAUUGUUGCAGAAUUCAAUAACCCAUUUUAUGGUGGCGUCAAAUUUGAGCUGGGUACAGGUCUAUACAUAGGUUGGGCUGGUGCAGCCCUGUGUAUACUGGGUGGUGCGUUCCAGUGCAGUGCCUUUCAAAGAGUCUCUAAAGCAAAAGAAAAAGGGGCAUACUACCCAGGUGGUAAGCCAAAGACAAUCUAUACUGCAGCUCCAUCUAACACAGAGACUUCAAAAGCUUACGUCUGAGAUACAGGGUCACCCAUAUAAACAAGGCUGAACUGUUGUUACUUUGAUGUUUGUUUUACACCAUUAUGUUUUUGCAAU